AUGGCGUCAGAGGCACAGUGCAUUCUUAAAAUAUUCUUUGACCUGUUGUGUUUUCUGGCCAUAUGUGUGGUGCAGAAUAUUGUACAGUCUCAGGCUAGAUUUGUAACUCAUUUGCACAAAGUUUUAGCCAAAUGGAGCACCAAACAGCAGCUCAUGGUCUGCUGCAAUAUAAUUCAUACCAAGAUGAUUGCCUUCAACAAGGCAUUAGCUUCUGCUGAUGAAAGGAAUAUCACACAUAAGGAGUUCAUAGAUGCUGCGCUACAAGAUGUGUUUGAUAUGGCCUUAAAGCUAAAAUAUGAAAGUAAAAUAAAAGCAAUAGCACAUGUAAAACGCAAAGGUUUCUAG